UACAACAACCGGAAGCGUGUAAACCCCGAAACACGUUGUAUUCCUUUUUCUGUCCCACUCCAUUGGCGUCGCACGCGUUUUGUGAUCGUCGUAACUCAGAUCAUUGCUAAGAUGUCCGGAGGACUAGAUGUACUCGCCCUCGGCGAAGAAGAUAUCACUAAGUUUUUGGCCUGUAACACCCACCUUGGUGCCACCAAUGUGGACUAUCAGAUGGAACAAUAUGUCUUUAAGAGGAAGCCUGAUGGUGUUUACAUUCUGAACCUGAGAAAGACGUGGGAGAAGCUGUUGUUGGCUGCCCGUGCUAUUGCUGCCAUCGAGAACCCAGCAGAUGUUUGUGUCAUUUCUGCCAGGCCUUAUGGUCAACGUGCUGUCCUGAAGUUCGCUAGUGCCACCGGUGCAACACCAAUUGCUGGCCGAUUCACACCAGGAACUUUCACUAACCAGAUCCAGGCUGCCUUUCGUGAACCCCGCCUGUUGGUCGUAACUGACCCCCGUACUGACCAUCAGCCAGUCACUGAGGCUUCCUACGUCAACAUCCCCGUCAUUGCCUUGUGCAACACUGACUCACCAUUGAGAUUUGUUGACAUUGGUAUUCCCUGCAACAACAAGGGUCAACAUUCCGUGGGUCUGAUGUGGUGGCUCCUGGCUCGGGAAGUCUUGCGUCUGCGUGGAACAAUCAGCCGUGACCACCCCUGGGAGGUGAUGGUUGAUCUGUACUUCUACAGAGAUCCAGAGGAGGCGGAGAAGGAGGAACAAGGAGCCAUUGAGAAAGCACCUGUCAAAGAUGAGAGCCAAGACCAGUGGGCCCCAUCUGACAUACCUGUGCAGCCUCCUCCACCCGCCCAGGAGGUCACUGACUGGGCUUCUGAAGCUAUGCCCGUAGCUCCAGCUCCAGCGCCCUUCAUGCCUGGAGGCACCGCCAAGGACUGGUCGGCUACCACAGAUGAUUGGUCGGCAGCUGCUGCUGGCCCCGCCCCGACUCCUGCUGCUGCCCCAGAAUGGGGUGGUACUGCUGCUGAGAACUGGAAUUAGAAUGUGGAACCAAAAGACAUUCAGUAUCAUUAAAGACAUGUUCCAUUUGAUGAAUUAAAAUUUAGAAAGACC